AAUAUUCUUCAAAUAAUUGAAAUGAAAAAUAAAAUGUUAUUCAGCUUUUUGAUUGAAUGGAUUAAAUUUCGAUUUCGGUGGAUUGUUAUAAUCGCUGUUAUUGUCCCUUUAUCAUUCUUCUAUAAUUAUUACCUAUCAAUACGUAAUAAUAUAAUGAAUACACUUGGAAUUGCAAUAAAAGUUCAUGCAAGAAAGGUCAACGAACUAAGAAAAGAGGAAGCUAAAUCGCUGAAAAUGUGCAGCGGACGAUCGAAAUGGGAAGCGACAAAUUUCAAAUGUAUUAAAUAUAAAGAAACGCUAAAAAAUAUUUCCAUACAACAAUUGAAAGAUAUCCUUGAGAUCGAUUUGGAGAAAGGCACCGCAAAAGUAGAGCCUAUGGUUACUGUAAAUCAAUUAAUGAAGUAUCUCCUUAGUAUCCGAUAUACUUUACCUAUAGUACCGCCACUUGAUGAUUUAACUGUUGGAGGGCUAAUUAAUGGUGGAGGCUGCGGCGCUGGUAGCCAUAAAUUUGGUUUUUUCCAUAACAUUUGCAUUUCAAUGGAAAUUUUGCUAGCUGAUGGUACAACUAUUAUUGCAUCUAAGGUUAGUUUUUCAACUGAUGGAGAGUCGUCUCUUGACCAGUCUUUAUUCUUUGCAUUGCCUUGGUCAUGCGGAACUAUAGGUUUCUUAUUGUCAGCCACAUUAAAAAUUGUGCCAUACCAACCAUUUGUGCAAUUAACUUAUAGAAAAUGUUCCUCCUUAUCAGUAAUGAAUGUGAUCAAAGAAGAAUCAGAUAAUCCUGAAAACAAUGUUGUAGAAGCGAUACAAUUCUCUCAAAACAAAUCGGUUGUAAUUUACGGCAAAUUCAUUCAAGCACUACCAAAAAAUACGAAAGUUAAUGAAUUUGGCAAAUGGUAUAAGCCAUGGUUUUUUAAGCAUAUUGAUCAGUUUAUGACAGAUAUAGAGAAAGUGGAAUAUAUUCCAACCAAAGAUUUUUAUAAUCGUCAUACUCGUGGGUUGUUUUGGCUAUUGCAGGAUAUCGCGCCUUUCGCAAACUACGCUCUUUUUCGUUAUUUGUUUGGGUGGAUGUUUCCUCCAAAAUUUAUGUUUUUAAAAUGGUUCAAGUCUCAAUUACUUUGCAGUUUUUACAGUUCAUUAUGUCUUCAUUAUAUAUUUGAAGAUAUGUUGGUACCAUUCAGUGAUUUCAAGCCAUUUCUCAAUUUAGUAAUUAGCGAAUGUUCGAUUUAUCCGUUAUUGCUGACUCCAUGUAUUGUUUCAUCGCUUCCAGGUAUUAUACGACAGCAGAAAGGAGAAAACGUAUUGUAUAUUGCCGUUGGAAUAUAUGGAUUUAUUACUACAAAUUUUUCACCCACUCGAGCUAUAAAGAAUUUGGAAAAAUAUUUGCGAGUUGUUGAUGGAUUUCAAAUGUUUCAUGGCGAUAUAAAUAUGAGCAGGCCCGAAUUUUGGGAAAUGUAUGAUUCUUCUUUGUACGAUUAUGUUCGUUCAAAAUAUGCAUGCUGUCAAGGAUUGCCUGAUUUAUAUGAAAAAGUUUAUAGAAAUGCAUAUAUGUGA